GGAAAGGGUCUGAGGGUCUCCUCCUUCCCCACUCCCGCUUUCUCUUCGCGGGAUACCGAGGCAGGAAACUCCUGCAGCGGGCUGUCUGCCCCACCGACACGCCAAGAGAAUGGCUAAAGACAAAAUACGAUCUGAAAUCGCUUCCCCUUCAAAACAAAAACUGAAGUCAAACUGUUUCAAAAUUAAACGGCAGUUUAUUCCGCCACUCCGUCCAGGACAUCGGCGCAAUGAGCGUGCGGACGUUUUUAAAGAAUUUGGGAGUUUUGCGGCUGUUGGUGUCCUGACAUCUGAGUGUCCGGUUGUUGGACUCUCUCUGAGAGAGAGAGAGAGAGAGAGAGAGAGAGAGAGUGGAAACAGCUCACUUUGCUUCGCGCACACUUUGACUUUUUACAGCUAACUCACUUCCUUCCUGCGCGAAGACUGACAGACUUUCAGCUGAUAACCAACCAGUUACUUAGAGAAGGGGGUGUCGGAAAAUAUCAGCGGCCGGCAGAGCACAAGGCGAAGAAAGACCAGAGAGCAGAGCCCGAGUCCGGUCUCCGUGGCCCAGAGGCAUCAGCCCACUCCGGGGGGAGGCAGCGAGAGUCGGCCAGCUCUUUAUCUGCACAUCUCAGGCUGGACUGAAGGUUGGUUGGAAGUUCGAUGCGGUACGUGCCGGGAUGUACAGCAAGGAUUUGAUGCUCUUGUGGUCUCUGGCUGUCGAAGGGCUGCCUUCCAGAUUUCCCUAGUGACCAGCAACUCUCUGGAUAUAACGUUUGGGGUACCAUCUGCAGUCUGGGAAUUCCACACACACACACUCUCUCUCUCUCUCUCUCUCAUACACACACACUCUCUCUCUCUCUCAUACACACACACACUCUCUCUCUCUCUCAUACACACACACACUCUCUCUCUCUCUCUCUCAUAUACACACACACACACACACUCUCUCAUACACACACUCUCUCACACACACACUCUCUCUCAUACACACACUCUCUCACUCACACACACUCUCUCACUCACUCACACACUCUCUCUCUCUCUCUCUCAUACACACUCUCUCUCUCUCUCUCUCUCUCUCUCUCUCACACACACACACACACACACACACACACACACACACACACACACACACACACUCUUGGUGCUGCUGGGAUUGCAUUCCAAAGACUGUUUCUUCUGGACAUUUAAACUUUGCCUAGCAGGCUGCACAGAAAGCUGCAAGUGUGUGGGUGUGGUUUGAUUGACAUUGGAGGCUCGGCCCUCUUGCCACACAUGUCCCCAGCACAGAGGCUCUGAGGCGGCUGCAGCAGGCUGACACAGCCCAGGGCUGGGACCCAUCCAGUACCAGAGGACAUGACUCUUCAAGCAGCCACUGAGCCCAGAUGUCCUGUCUGCACCUGGUGCUCCCUGAGUCUUCUGUAGUGAGGGCAGAGGAGGCUGGAACGGAUCCCUACCCCUACCCCCUGCACGCCUCCACCCCAGGACAGGCUGUUUCUGCCACUGUCCUCUGCAAUGAGCAGAAGGAUCGGAUAGGCGGUGUGGAGGAAGAGGGGGGAGUGUCUGGCUGUCUGCGGGCGACCCCAUGCCGGGGGGCUAUGGCCACCUGCACCCUGAGCACUUUGGGAGUGAUGAGCAACGAGGCUAAGGGCGAAGGGCCCCCACAGACGGGUAGAUCAGUGCUGAAGGUGCCCGAGAGGCACGUGUCCCGGUGCCAUGUCCGUCUUGUGCCUCCCUCCGACAGCCACUGGGUCAGGGAGGAGCUGGGCCCAGGGGUCAGUGAGUGGACCGUGCCUUCGAGGAGGCGUCCCCUCGAGCUGGAGAGGAAACCUGGGAGUGAGCAGGAGUGCGUGGACCGAAGGGGCCGGCGGCGGCCUGAGGCUGGAGGCAGAGCAGACUCAGAUGGGAUGGGCAGGGAGGAGGCAGGACAUUGUGAGCUGGCCCUCCCACUGGCGGUCCAAGAUGAGCGACUGUGCCAGAGGUUCAUCUGUGACUGCAGCAUCGGAGACGCGGAGGAGACCAGGGCAGGGAGCCCGUCCCCACAGGGAGCCAUGACCCCUCAGCAGAGGGGGUCUCAUGCGUUUGGCGGGGUGGAAAUCCCCCACGUUAUCAUCACAGAGCACAGCGGCAACAGUUCCCAGGAGGCAGCUGAGGACUGUGAGCCCCCGGCCAGUUGGAACUCAAAUCGCAAACUCUCCUCAUCCUCUGCCUCCUCGGCCGGCUUCUCCUCCUCCUGGGACGAGUCGGAAGAGGACGUCUCCAGCGACACAGACAGGGUCCGGGAGGUCAGCCCAGACACACUGCAGGCAGUAGCCCAUCAGCCCAAGGCCCGAGUGAGUAAAUCCUGGAGGAAGAUCAAAAACAUGGUGCACUGGUCCCCAUUCGUAAUGUCCUUCAAGAAACGGUAUCCAUGGAUACAGCUGGCUGGACACGCAGGUAGCUUCAAGCCUGGGGCCAACGGCAAAAUCCUGAAGAAGCACUGUGAGUGUGAGCAGCGCUGCCUGGCCCGCCUGAUGCAGGACGUCCUGCGGCCCUUCAUCCCCGCGUACCAUGGCGUGGUGGAGAGGGAAGGGGAGAAGUACAACCAGAUGGACGACCUGCUGGCUGAGUUCGACAUGCCAUGUGUCAUGGACUGCAAGAUGGGAAUCAGGACCUACUUGGAGGAGGAGCUGAGCAAGGCAAGGAAGAAGCCAAGCUUGAGGCGGGACAUGUACCUGAAGAUGGUGGAGGUGGACCCUGAUGCCCCGACAGAAGAGGAACAUGCUCAGAGGGCCGUUAUCAAACCCCGCUACAUGCAGUGGCGGGAGACCAUCAGUUCCACAGCCACUCUCGGCUUCAGGAUCGAAGGUGUCAAGAAUGAGGAUGGGAGUGUCAACCAUGACUUUAAGAAGACAAAAACUAAAGACCAGGUGAUGGUGUCAUUCUGGGAGUUCACCAAGGGAAACAAAGAUAUCCUGACAAAAUAUCUCGAUCGUCUGAGGCUGAUUCGGGACACGCUGGAGGUUUCCACUUUCUUCCAGAGCCACGAGGUUAUCGGCAGCUCCCUGCUCUUUGUCCACGACCGCAAUGCUCAGGCCAAGGUGUGGAUGAUCGAUUUUGGGAAGACAAUGCCUCUGCCCAGGGGUCAGCUCCUGAGCCACCGGCUGCCCUGGCAGGAGGGCAACAGGGAGGAUGGUUACCUCUGGGGCAUCGACCACCUCAUCUCCAUCCUGGAAGAGAUGCUGCAGACAAAGGACUGAAUUGACCCAGCUCAUUCCGGAAUCUUCCUCCGGCACUACAGAACAUUCCGGAAAGAGGUUGGAGGGGUUCGUCCCCCUCCCAGCAUCACCGAGAAAGACGUGGCGGUCUGGUGGGGAUGAAUGGGGGUGCACCGACACAGUGAAAUCAGGCAGAGGGGUCAGAGUUGCACUUGGGCAUCGGGGCUGUGGGGUGAGAAGGGGCUGCAACACUGGGAGGCAUACCGUGUGGCAUACACCAACCACUACCAGGGUCCAUCAUGAGCAGCCCAGGGCUCCGAGUAGCGAGAGGCCAGAGGCUGAGAAUGUUCUAGACUUUUCAACCUACCAAGUGAGUGGGAGGAGGGGUCUGAGAACAUUACCACACAGGGCGAGUCGUUCAGCCCUGCUCUGAGGUUAGUUGCUGGCCGACUGAGGCUGUGGGUGUCUGUACAGAGGGCUGGAGGGACUGAGUGGAGGUCUCGGGUCUUUGGGGCUGUACCUGGUCCCGUCUCUUACAUCAGCACUGAGAGGUUGGGACCCUGUUUCCACUGACCAGAUCUACUCACACAAAAACCUGCCCACCUGCCACAUUUUAUUGUCUAAUUAGCUUCUUUCUCCCCUCCAGUAACCAUUCUUGCUGACUGUACCAACCCUUCCCCCAAAAGUCACUAUGAGAUCCACAAAUGACCCCCCCACCCCAAAUAGAGUCUGAGAGAGAUACAACACAGAAACAGGUUAUCAAUCUACUCACACUAAUCCAAUGUUAUUCUCCCCAAGCUCCCGUCAGCUCCCCCCAGGUUCCAGCCCUCAGCCACACACUAAGGGCAGGUUGCAGCAGUCAGUUAACUCACCAAGCUUGGAUGUACAAGGAGAUCAGAGUACCCGGGACAAACCCACACAGCCACAGGGAGAACGUGCAAACUCCACACAGACAGUGCUGGAGGCCAGGAUCAGACCCGGGUCUCUAGUGUUGUGUAAAACAACAGCUCCUCCCACUGUUCCUUGUCCCAGUUUGGGAGGACAUUUUGGGCCUCCUCACUGCCCACAUGCAGAACCAGACCCUGUGCUGAGACAGAGAAUGCAGAGUCAGCUGAUUAGCUCCGUCACGGGGUGCGGCGGUGGGAAGCUGGCUCAGUUUGUCCUGCUGCUCCCUGGGACUGGCCAUGGAGUUACCAGGGCAAUGUGACUGUUUCCUCCAGUGUCCUGUGCUGAAAACCCACCAGGUAUCUGGGGAACAAAUCUGAGUAAUGAUAUAAACCUGUGCCCAUGUUACUUGGAAAUAAUCCAUCCCACUCACUAAACCCAUUCAGCGAAUGAAAUCUCUGCCUGGCCCGACACUAUGAUUGUCCGGACACUGAGUACAGAACCUGGGAGGUCAUUGGUGAGGCUGCACCUGCAAUAUUGCGUCCCUCUGCUGCAGGGAAGAUCUUACUAAACCAGAAAGGGUGCAGAUCAAGAUUUACAAAGAUGUCGCCAAGACUCGAGUGAGUGACAGGGAAAGGCUCGGCUGGCUGGGACUUUAUUCCUUGAAGCAUGGAAGACUGAGUGGUGAUUUUAUCAAGGUGUUUAAAAUCAUGAGGAGUAUAGAGAGGGCAAGUGCUCUCAGACUUUUUCCCAGGGUCGGGAAUCAAGAGCUGGAGGGCACGGGUUUAAGAUGAGAAAGGAAAGAUUUAGUAGGAACCUGAGGGGCAACGUUUUUACUCAAGGGUGACAUACACGUAGAACUGAACUGCCAGAGGAAGUACCCUGGGUACAAAAACAAUACUUAGAAGUCAUUUGGACAGGAACAUGGAUAGGAAAAGUUUAGAGCAGGGGUUCUGAUCUUAUUUUUUUGCCGUAAUCCCCUACCAUUAACCGAGGGGUCCGUGGACCACAGGUUGGGAAUCCCUGGUUUAGCAGGAUAUGGGCCAAAUGGGACGAGCUUGGAUGGGGCUUGUUGGGCUGAGGGCCUGCUUCCAUGUUGUAUGACACUAUGGCUUCGGGGCAACCCACGUGGUUAAGUGUUCUCCUGGGGGGUUGAGGAAGUCAGUCAUCACAGAGACUGUUGGGGGGGCACACAUCUCUGGCCUAGUUGGUGGUGUGAGAACUGAGGCUGGAGGUGAAGUAAGGAGGCGGCAUGCUGCCAUUUUUUUGUGUCCCAGCAGGCGUUUAUUGGCCUUGCAUUAACAACAAGGUCGACUCCCUGACGGGGUAGGUCAAUGGAUUCACUCUUUCCACAGCCCCAGAAGUACACUGGGUUCUGAUAAGUUGUCGGCAUCUAGUUGGUGUACACAGACUACAGAUUAAACCUUACCUAUACAAA